UCCCAUAUUCAAUUCUAAUUCUUCAUCUCUCUCUUUUUUCUCUCUCUCAAAAUGGAGCUUUCUUACAUCACCAUCUUCUCUACACUUUUUUCCAUCAUAACCAUAAUUCUCUUCCUCGCCCGCCCCAAACGCCGCCUUAACCUCCCUCCCGGCCCGCCCGGUUGGCCCAUAGUUGGCAACCUUUUACAAGUUGCGGGUUCGGGCAAACCAUUUUUUCAAUAUGUUAGAGAGUUGUUACCAAUUUAUGGUCCUAUUAUUACUCUUAAAAUGGGUACGCGAACCAUGAUUAUAUUGUCCCAAGCGGAUUUGGUUCAUGAAGCAUUAAUUGAAAAGGGUCAGGUUUUCGCUACCAGACCAGCUGAAAACCCGACCCGAGUUGUGUUUAGCUGCAACAAGUUUACAGUUAACGCGGCCCUGUAUGGGCCCGUUUGGAGAUCUUUGAGACGAAAUAUGGUGCAAAAUGCUCUUAGUACGAGUAAAUUACGUACGUUUAAAGAUGUUAGAGUAACGGCCAUGGAUAAGUUAGUUGAAAGGUUGAAAAGUGAGGCUAAGGCGAAUGAUGGUGCGGUUUGGGUGUUGAAAAACGCAAGAUUUGCGGUUUUUUGUAUACUUUUGUCUAUGUGUUUUGGUGUGGAAAUGGAUGAGAAAACUAUUGAAGAAAUGGAUGAUAUGAUGAAAACGGUGUUAAUUACGCUUGAUCCAAGGCUAGAUGAUUAUUUGCCUUUGUUAAGGCCCUUUUUCUCGAAACAAAGGAAGCGAGCGAUGCAAGUGAGGGAACAACAAAUCGCGAUGUUAGUUCCUUUUAUUGAAAGGCGGAAAUCCGCGUUAAAAAACCACCUUGCCAUGGCCGCGGAGUUUUCUUAUUUGGAUACUUUGUUUGAUUUGACUGUGGAAGGAAGGAAGGAUCCACCGACUAAUGCGGAAAUAGUAACGCUAUGUUCGGAGUUUCUGAACGGUGGGACGGAUACGACUGCGACCGCCAUCGAGUGGGCGAUCGCCAGGUUUAUCGAGAGCCCGACAAUCCAGUCGCGACUCUAUGAAGAAAUAAAGUCGGUUGUGGGUUGCGAGAGAAAAGUUGAAGAGAAAGAUCUUGAGAAAAUGCCGUAUUUAAAUGCGGUUGUCAAAGAGUUGCUAAGAAAGCAUCCCCCGACUUAUUUUUCACUGACACAUUCGGUUAUUGAGCCUGCAAAACUUGCAGGCUACGAUAUACCGAUUGGUACUAAUGUGGAGAUUUAUCUCCCCGGGAUUAGCGAUGAUCCAAAACUCUGGGUCAAUCCUGAAAGGUUUAACCCAGAUAGGUUUCUUACUGGUGGUGAAACCGCAGAUAUAACUGGUUCAGCUGGGAUAAAACUAAUUCCAUUUGGAGUGGGACGAAGGAUUUGCCCGGGGUUGGGGAUGGCGACGGUCCAUGUAACUCUCAUGAUUGCAAGGAUGGUUCAAGAAUUCGAAUGGAGAUCAUGGCCGGAAAAUAGUAAGGUUGAUUUUAGUGAGAAAUUGGAGUUUACGGUUGUGAUGAAGAACACUCUUAGAGCUACUAUCACACCUAGGGUUUAAAAAUAUGGUACUCUAUUUGAUUAUGGUUGUGUUUUACAUAUUAAAUUAUGUUUGAUUUUUAAUUAAUUAGUGAUAUAAUAAUAUUUGUUGUAACCUUAAACUAUUUGUAUCAGGAAACAAAUUUUAAAGGGCUUUAUGAGUAGAGUGGUUAAAAGUAGUACAUCUAGUGUUGCUAAUACGAGUCAAGUUAUGUCAUAUAUUGAUUUAGGACAUUGUCGUCUACUUGUCUUGCUUCUUUUUAUUUAAUGUGAUUGUAUUUGUAUUAAA